AUGAACGCUCACUACAAGAAGUUGGUGACCCUGCAGGCAAAUGUAGCAACGGCCGACAAGGACGUGGACAUCCGGAGGUACAAGUCGGAAGCCCUCGAGUUAUUCAUCCAAUGCACGAAAAGCGAUCUGGCCCUGAACAACUACAUUGUGCGUGCAAAGAGCUGCUGCUGCAAUGUCUUGUAUAGCCAUCUUGACGACGACGAUUCCGAUGGCUUCGUGGAGGAGCUCCUGGCGGGUCUUGCAAGUGGGCGCCGUGAUACAGUGCUGCAACGGCUUGCCAAGUGUGCGAAUUCUUCCGACAGCAACAUCUGUCGAAACUUACAUCGUCUCCUUGCCCACUCUGACUUCUCACUUCAAGUGGAAAUCCAGCAUGCAAUCAUCAGCUUUCGCCACGCCCGAACUCGAAGGGUAAGAGAACUUCCGUGGCCCAUUAUGAAGCUUUCCAGCUGGGUACGCUAUAUCAUGGAAGCGGGGGGACAGCUACUGCUACAAGGCCACCACAUCUCCCAAGUCCACAGUUGGCAACAAGACCUGAAGGAGUUCUGGGAUUUGUACGAACGUGUGGACAGCACCCACCCGGUGUUCCGGGAUGGCUUAAACAGAGCAACAACGCUGCCAUACUUCCUUCACGGCGAUGAAGGUCGUGGACGGUAUCGGCAGCCUAUCAUGGUUCUGAGCUUCCAGGGGCUGUUCUCACAUCUGGGAAAGCACCGGCUCAAUGAGAGUGGGUUGCAGGUCGCAAUGUUGAGCAAUUUCAUUCCGCACACAUCUAAUUGUUUCUGUCAAGAUGCUUUUUCUGCGUGA